AUGUUUGGCUUCGUGUGGAAAAUCUUUCUUUGCCUUCCGGGAAUGAUUAACACAGAUCUUCAAACAGUUGCAGGUAAUGCAUUCACAGCUGCAGGAGGAGGACAGGCUAAAGAGGUUUCACCAGCCCCUCAGCUCAGUGACUUGCAGUUGGUAAACCCUUCUCUGCCUCCUGGCUUGGAAAAGCCUCAUGGCAUCAUGGAUGCUGAGCAGUUCCACAGGCACGUGCAGCUACGGAGGAAGCGAUCCAUUCUCUUUCCCAGCGGAGUUAAGAUCUGCCCUGAUGAAUCUGUUGAGCAGGCUAUUGCAAACCAUCUCAAGUAUUUCAGGCUCAGAGUGUGCCAGGAAACAGUCUGGGAGGUCUUCAAGACGUUCUGGGACAGACUGCCAGAGCGGGAAGAAUAUAACACGUGGAUGAGCCUGUGUGAGGAGGGCAUGAUGAGCAUCUUUGAGAUGGGCACCAACUUCAGCCAGUCUGAGGAGCACCGGAGCCUGAUCGUGAAGAAACUGGCCUAUACAAAGGAAGCAAUGGGCAGUUCCUGUGCUGAUUGGUCAUGUGGCCAAGAUGAUCCAGGGAAUCAUUCAUGCAGUGGGACUCCUACUCCACCUUCGGAUGCUGAUGUAACCACACUGAGAGAUGCAGCUGCCAAUGUUCCUCCCCCUCAUGAGGUCUCCGUUGAGAGUCCUGCGGGUGACACCAUCCAUGAGCAUGACAAUGUGGACACCACUAUCAAUAACGAGAUAAAGAAGCAGGAUGAGAAGACAGUCAGACCUGUAACUGAGCAGAUGAUUGAGUUCAACAUUUUGAUUGUUGGUGAACAGUACAGUGAGGAGCUGAAGGACCCAUCUGCUGAUGAGUAUCAACUGCUGUCUGAACGAUUCAUUUCUCAGAUUAAAAGUGUAUUUGAAGGACUACCUGGAUACAAAAGCAUCCAUGUCCUGGAUUACAGCCCUUCCGAGGAAGACAGUGGGGUGGAAGUUCACUAUGCUGUCACAUUUGAUGGAAAAGCCAUCAGCAAUGCCACCUGGGACCUGAUUAACCUUCAUUCAAACAAGGUGGAGGACAACUCCUUCAUGGACAUAGAGGAUAAUCCAACAGUUGUGUACACCAUCAGUGAUUUCCGAGAUUAUAUUGCUGAGAUCCUCCAGAAAAACGCUCUGCUUGAAAAUGCUUCCAUCUCCUUAGACCCAAACUCUCUUCAGCUUACCAAUGUGAAGGAAAUCCUGCACCCCACAUCAGAGGACCCAUCCUGGAUUACUGAGCACCCAGUUGUGCUGGAGCGCCCGGAGUUUGAUGACAGCACCUUUUUGGCAGAACGUCCUUCUGCAGAUGAGUCAACUGUCAGCAACGCCUUGCCCUUUGAUCACACCAAACCAGACUCCAGCUCAGACACUGAGCAGGCCAGUGACAAUGAAAUCCAGCCAAGACCCGAGAAUAUUGACCAUGAGGCUGCUUUGGCACCUGAAGCUCCACUUUCCUCAGAGGUUGAUGUCACUUCUUUGCCUGAUGGGCAGAAUUUAGAGACUAGUCAUUUAGUCACUGUACCGGUGUUAGAGCAUGAUUCUGUGGACUCUCUGGAAUGGCUUUCAGCCCCCAGUUCUUUAGAUGACACUGGACUGUCUGAAGAACUUUUGCCUUUAAGUCCUUCUCACCUUGUGCCUGAAGAAUCUCCAUCUACCGAUGACUAUGCAGUUCCUUUGCUUUCUGCACCAACAGUGGCCUCUUCAUCACUUGUAGAGACUGAUAUUAAAGAGAAGGAAGAAGUAAUCCAAGGUAGUCCUGAGGGCAGUGACAGUGCAAACUCUGUGGAAGAAAUUCCUUUUCCCUUAGAAGUGCCCCUUAUGGAAGAUGAAACUGAUGUAUUUCUUGGAGAUAGAGUUAUAUAUGAUGAUGGGUCUGGUUCAGCUUUUGAUGGUUCAGGAAAAGAAAUGGAAUCAAGUAUCUGGCCUUGGGAAGAAGCAACCCUGGAACCAGUUUUCUACCCUGGUCCUGAUAGCUGGCUUGAAGAUGACAAUGAGUCUUUAUUAACCAAAACAGAGGAUAUUCCUGAAGGCAUGAUUUUAGACUAUAUUCUUAACUCUGGUAAUAAAUUAGAUUAUGAUCUUUCCAAAGAUGAGAAUGAAGGGAUAGUCAAUAUAAAAGAUUUCCUUGAUGAGUCUGAAAUAUUUGUCUUUCCAGAGACUACAACUCCACAAGUACCUCUGUUACAGCCAGAAGAGCCAUCGUCUGUGGAACCAUCUACACAGACAGAAACUCUGGGCAUGUAUGAUUCCUCUCUUGUCAUGCCAACUGGAGAGGCCCCUGUAUCCCCACCACAUACAGAUCUGUCUGUGGAAGAUAGUCUCCAUACAUCUACAGGGACUGUCAGUAUGGAGCAGCCCGAGGAGUCCAGUGUAGGCCAGAACAUAAUCCCUGAAGGAGUUGAACACCAAAGUGAAGACAGGGCAGUGGUAGAAGAAGAACUAUUCACAGUGAAGCAGCUGGAUGUAAUGGAAGCUGCUACAAUAGGACACUUGGACACAAUCUCUUCAGAAAAUAUUUUGACUGCAGAUCCUUCUGUGGUAAAGCCUGUUGCUUCCACAGAAGAGAAGCAAGCCCUAGACUCCUCACUGGCAGACCAAGACACUCACGGAUCAGCAGUGAAGGAACCAGAUGAUGUUUGGCUUACUGACAGGGCACUAGAAACCUCCUUAGAUGAGACAGUGCAACCAGAAAUGCCAGCAAUGGUUACUCAAGGUUCAGCUGCAGCUCCUUCUGCAGUAGAUCACACCCCUGUCCUAGAGGGCUUUGGUGGACAGGAUGGUACAGACCAUGGCACACACAUUUCCAUGAGUUUCAGCACUGUUGUGGAUUAUCAAACACUGAGUGUAACAACAAGCACCGUUGAGCUUCCGUCCCACCUCCCUCCUGUGGGAUCCACACCAUCAUUGUCUGUGGCUACCUCAACAAAGCUGGGAGACGAAACAACCAGAGUCCUGGAUGUUUCAGUAGACCUGGGUCAUGUUAGCACUGCCCAGUUUUCUCCUGAGCAGACUGAGGAGGGAAGGAGAAUGACUGAAAGUCACAUUGAGCUAACCACUCGUGUCCAGUCCACAGAGAUGGCCAGUGUGGCUUGGGCCACACACGAAACUCACUACAGCAGCACCGUCCCAUCCCGAGCUCUGGUUGUGUUCUUCAGCCUUCGGGUCACCAACAUGAUGUUUUCAGAGGACCUGUUUAAUAAAAACUCCCCUGAAUACAAAGCCUUGGAGCAGCGAUUCUUGGAACUGCUGGUGCCCUACCUUCAGUCAAAUCUGACAGGAUUCCAGAAUCUGGAAAUCCUGAACUUCAGAAAUGGCAGCAUUGUGGUGAACAGUCGAAUGAAAUUUGCCAAACCUGUGCCUCGGAAUGUCACCAACGCUGUGUACAUGAUCCUGGAAGAUUUCUGCAACACUGCAUAUCACACCAUGAACCUGGCCAUUGAUAAGUACUCCCUGGAUGUUGAAUCGGGUGAGCAGGCAGAUCCCUGCAAGUUCCAGGCCUGCAACGAGUUCUCUGAGUGCUUGGUGAAUCGCUGGAGUGGGGAAGCUGAGUGUGUCUGCAACCCUGGCUACCUCAGCAUCGAUGGGCUGCCCUGCAACAGCAUCUGUGACCUGCAGCCAAACUUCUGCCUGAACGACGGCAAGUGUGACAUCAGCCCUGGGCAAGGGGCCAUCUGCAGGUGCCGUGUGGGAGAGAACUGGUGGUACAGAGGGGAGCACUGUGAGGAAUAUGUGUCUGAGCCACUGGUUGUGGGUAUUGCCAUUGCUUCUGUGGCAGGAUUCCUUCUUGUGGCAUCUGCUGUCAUCUUCUUCUUGGCCAGAACCCUUCGAGAUCAGUACACAAAGAGUGACACUGGGGACUCGCAGGGGCAGGGUGACAGCCUCUCGUCCAUUGAGAAUGCAGUUAAAUACAACCCCAUGUAUGAAAGUGACACGACUGGCUACAGCCAUUAUUACCGGAGAUAUCCGCAGCUCACGUCCUACAGUUCCACCAGUGCAGAGACAUCCACAGACUACAGCAGUGAAGAGAUCAGGCACAUUUAUGAAAACAGUGAGCUUACUAAGGAGGAGAUUCAGGACAGAAUUCGAAUUAUAGAGCUCUACGCUAAAGACCGCCAGUUUGCAGAGUUUGUUAGGCAGCAUCAAAUGAAGCUGCUUUAAGAAAAAAAGACAUUGAUAGAAUACACGUGGGAGAUAAAUGCUACCUUGCUGCCCCA